AAUAUGACAAGCGUCUAUUACUUUGUUUACAUUUUUUCUAAUUUUUUGGAUGUAACAGAUUAAGUGAAUUAGAAUAAUAAUUUAAUUUAUAAUUUUAAAUAUGCAUCGACGAGGAGGUAAAAGAAUUCGUCUCGACGAUCCACCACCAGAAUACGAAAAUCCGAUGACCCCUCAAGUUGAGCAAGAAAAUUACGGGGGUAACUAUGGACAUUCGGGGAUGUAUGGGGAGGCCUACCAGGAGCAAGCCCCUGCUUCGGACACAAUGUUUGAAUCACCUCCAACUCCUGGAAUGAGACGCAUUACCAGGGCUAGAGCAAGAGGUAUAACGAAUCCUCCCCCGCCACCGCCGUCUUAUUCUCCACCACCUGAAAGACCAGGAAGGGGUAGAGGUCGAGGUAGACCUCCAGGACGAAAGAAUAAUGUUACAGUGGAACUUCUUAGACAUGAUAGUGAUGAAGAUGCAUCACUUUAUAGCAUUAUCAAAAACGGAAGAGUUUCUCUAACCAAUAUUGUAGAUGACUGGAUUGAAAGUUAUAAAGCAAAUCGUGAAAAUGCAUUAAUUUCACUUAUGCAGUUUUUUAUUAAUGCUGCCGGUUGUAAAGGUCAUAUUACUCAAGAAAUGCAGGCGCAAAUGGAACAUGCUGCAAUUAUCAGAAAAAUGACUGAAGAAUUUGAUGAAGAAUCUGGAGAAUAUCCAUUAAUUAUGGCUGGGCAAAUUUGGAAGAAAUUUAGACAAAACUUUUGUGAUUUUGUACAAACUCUAGUAAAACAAUGUCAGUACACAAUUAUCUAUGACCAGUUUUUAAUGGACAAUGUGAUUUCACUUUUAACUGGAUUGUCAGAUUCCCAAGUAAGAGCCUUUAGGCAUACGGCUACAUUAGGUGCAAUGAAGCUAAUGACAGCUUUGGUUGACGUAGCUCUUACAGUUUCCAUAAAUUUGGACAAUACCCAGCGACAGUAUGAGGCAGAAAGGCAAAAAUCAAGAGAGAAAAGGGCAAGUGACAGGUUAGAAGCUCUUCUCGGAAAACGUCAAGAAUUAGAAGAAAACAUGGAUGAGAUCAAGAAUAUGUUAACCUACAUGUUCAAAUCAGUUUUUGUGCACCGUUACCGUGACACUUUGCCAGAAAUUAGGGCCAUAGCUAUGACAGAAAUUGGUGUCUGGAUGCAUAAGUUUCAUGCUAAUUUUUUGGACGAUUCGUAUUUAAAAUAUAUUGGUUGGACUCUUCAUGAUAAAGUUGGUGAAGUAAGACUGAGAUGUCUUCAGGCUUUACAGCCUUUGUACGCUAGCGAAGAGUUGAAAGGGAAGUUGGAACUUUUUACCAACAAAUUCAAAGAUAGGAUUGUUGCUAUGACCUUAGAUAAAGAGUAUGAUGUUGCAGUGCAAGCAGUCAGAUUAGUGAUUUCAAUUUUGAAACACCAUCAUGAAAUUUUGACAGAUAAAGACUGUGAACAUGUCUAUGAAUUGGUUUAUUCAUCACACAGAGCAGUAGCACAGGCAGCAGGUGAGUUUUUGAACGAACGGUUGUUCCAGCCGGGUGAUAUGGAUGCAGGGAAGACAAAAAGAGGAAAACGACGCCUUCCCAAUACCCCUUUUAUAAGGGAUCUGGUUCAGUUCUUUAUUGAGUCAGAGUUACACGAGCAUGCAGCAUAUUUAGUAGAUUCUUUAAUUGAAUCAAAUAUAAUGAUGAAGGAUUGGGAGUGCAUGACAGAUUUGUUGCUAGAAGAACCAGGACCACAAGAAGAACCUCUUGAUAAUAGGCAGGAGACGAGUUUAAUAGAAAUAAUGGUUUGUUGUGUGAAACAGGCUGCUACAGGUGAGCCACCUGUAGGAAGAGGGCCUAACAGAAAAGUUUCUUCUUUAAGAGAAAUCAAACAGACUGGUGAAGAUAAGCAGAAAUUGACUGAACAUUAUAUUGUAACACUUCCACAUUUGUUGGACAAAUUUUCAGCAGAUCCAGAGAAAUUGGUAAAUCUCUUAAGUAUACCACAGUAUUUUGAUCUUGACUUAUAUACAAGUGGAAGACAAGAAGGAUCUUUACAAGCCCUUCUGAAUAAAUUAAAAUAUAUAGUACAAGUUCAUCAUGAAGCAGAGGUGUUAGAAACACUUGCAAAAACUCUUGAAAUUCUUUGUACUGAAGGUCAUUCUAUAUUCACAAAAUGUGACGUUGCAAGAUCUACUAUAAUUGAUGUUAUUGUAUCUACAUACAAGGAUGCUAUAGAUGACUGGAGAAAUCUCUUGUUAGGAGAAGAAACUCCAAAUGCAGAUGAAGUUUUCACUGUUAUUAGUUCCUUAAAAAAGGUUUCAAUGUUUUACGCUUGUCACAAUUUAAACCAGUGGGAUCUAUGGGAUACCUUAUUUCAAGAUUUUAAGGAUAUAGAGAGUAAAUUAGUUCCAGAAGCUUUAAAAUAUUGUUUGAGUUCGUGCUAUUACUAUCUUUUAUGGGGUUUGAGAGAUCUGGAGUCUUCUCAAGAAUCUGGCGGUUUGCAACAUUCAGAAGUUCAGGAGUUGAGAGAUAAAUUAAAUGAGUUUAUUGAAGCAUCUCAAACUCUAAUUAGGUCUUCACCUCACACUCUCAUUAAGGAGGAGGCUUAUAUAGGACUGUGUGACUUGUUAAUUGUGUUUAGCGAUCAACUAAAAUCUGGACAUGAAUAUUUGGGGGAAUUAGCCUGUGUUCCUGGCAAGGAACUUCAACAAUUAUUAAACGAAUUUGUUCAAACUUUUGUAUUUAUAUUGGAGACAGAUAACGAUAGUGAUGAGCCCCAAAUUGAAGAACUUCACAAAAAGAGAAACUUCCUAGCUGCUUAUUGUAAACUGAUUGUAUACAACAUAAUGCCUACAAAAGCUGGUGCUGAUGUGUUUAAAAAUUAUGUGAAAUGUUAUAACGAAUACGGAGAUAUAAUAAAAACUACGUUAGGGAAAGCAAGGGAAAUUAAUAAAGUGAACUGUGCCCUAACUAUGUGCCUCAGUUUGAAUAUGAUGUUUAAUGAGGUUCAGAGAGCCAGCGGGGGCAGAAACACCAGACAGCAUGAAGAAUUCUUUGCAUUAAAGGAGUUGGCCAAAAGAUUUGCCCUGUCGUUUGGAUUGGACGCGUUGAAAAAUAGGGAGGCCAUAACGGCAUUGCAUAGGGCGGGCAUUCUGUUUGCCGUUACGGGAGCUGAAAAUUCGGAAGAUCCUACAGGACCUCCUCCCAAUUUACCAUUUUUAGAAAUAUUAACCGAAUUUACCAACAAACUACUGAAACAAGAUAAGAAAGUCGUUAUGACUUUUCUAGAUAGGAGGAUACACACAGGAAUGCCAAGUAGUAGAGGAGAAGAUUGGCAACCUUUGGUUUUAUACAGAAAUUCAUUAUUACAUGGAGAAACGGAUGCAUUUCCCACAACCAGUAAAAGGGCUUAUGGUAGAAAAAGGAAAGAUCCUGAAUCGGACCAUGAGGAUAGUCUGUCCGAUCAAGAAUUUCCCGCUGAAAUGCAAUUUAUGUAAAAUUAAAAAUAUAUUUUUAUUUUUACUACAUUAUGCUUUGGUAGGAACAGACCUUCAAGAUAAAGUAUGUAACGUUAUUAGUGAAAAUGGUACAAUUGACUGGUGGUAUAUACAUAUUUAUAUUUUAAAUCUUAUACGAUAUUUUUAUUUUAUUCUAUGUCUAGUAUGAUUGUGAAACAACAGAUGUUAUAUAUUGAUUUUAUUGUAAUCAAUCAACUCUAAAUAAUUAAAUGAUGGUUUAUAAUCAGA